GGUCCUGGGAGGCGGGAGAAGAUGGUUUGCAGACUUCCUCACAGUCGCAGGGGCAAGGCCGACCCGCACCCGCCAGGGUCCCGCGAGUCCAGCCCCCGGCCCGGCCGUCCCGCCGCCGCCGCCGCCUAUCAGCGGAGCGAGGGGCGGGGCCGGCCGGCUCUAGGCGGCUGAGCCGGCGGGCGGGGACGCGCGGGGGGCCGACCGCCGCGCAGCUCAGGCCGCGGCGCGCAGACACCGGGCCCGGCUGCGGAGGGCGCGGCGCGGCCCCGGGGAGCGCGAGGAGCCGACGGCGCGCGGCCUGCCGUUGGCGGCCUGCUCUGCGCUCUCGGCGACCAUCCGCCCCGGACUCGGGGCCCCCGCCCGCGGGAAGAUGGUGUACUGGAUCAUCUCCCGAGCCGUCGUGCUGGUGUUUGGAAUGCUUUAUCCUGCAUAUUAUUCAUACAAAACUGUGAAGACAAAAAACGUGAAGGAAUAUGUUCGCUGGAUGAUGUACUGGAUCGUUUUUGCUCUGUACACUGUGAUUGAAACUAUAGCAGAUCACACAGUUGCUUGGUUUCCCUUGUACUACGAGCUGAAGAUUGCCUUUGUCAUAUGGCUGCUCUGUCCCCAUACUAAAGGAGCAAGUUUAAUAUAUAAAAAAUUCCUUCACCCACUUCUUUCUUCAAAAGAAAGGGAAAUUGAUGAUUAUAUUGUCCAAGCAAAGGAACGAGGCUAUGAAACUAUGGUCAACUUUGGGCGACAAGGUUUAAACCUAGCAGCUACUGCUGCUGUCACUGCAGCAGUGAAGGGCCAAGGAGCAAUAACUGAACGUUUAAGAAGUUUCAGUAUGCAUGACUUAACAGCUAUCCAAGGUGAUGAGCCUGUGGGACAGAGACCGUAUCAGCCUUUACCAGAAGCAAAAAAGAAAAGCAAGCCAGCCCCUGGUCAGUCAGCAGCUUAUGGAAUUUCACUGCAAGAUGGAGAUGAAAAAACAGAUGAAGAAGCGGAUGGGCCAUAUUCAGAUGAUGAGAUGUUAACACGCAAAGGGCUUCGAAGAUCACAAAGCAUGAAAUCUGUGAAAACCAUCAAAGGCCGAAAGGAGGUGCGGUAUGGUUCACUAAAGUAUAAGGUGAAGAAGAGACCACAGGUGUAUUUUUAGGCACCUACUUCAAGUAUCCUAAAACAAAUAAAGUUAAUAAACCAACUUCAUUUUCUAACAUGUUAUCUUCGAGAAAGAUUACAGUAAUUCCUUGCAUUGUGGCAAUGAUAAGAUUUAGUUUCGUGAAUUUAAAUAUUUUUAUUUCUUUAACAAUUACUUUUAAAUAUUGACUAACAAAGGUAUUCAUACAAGGUGUACUAACUUUCCCAAAAUUAUAGAACUCAUGUUACACAGACCCCGCUAUAUACUUGAUAAGUCUCACUCUGUUUAGAAUGUGUCAGCCUCCGUAGUGUUACACUGAGUUUGCCUCUAGCUGUGUUGUAUCUGGUCACAUGAGAACAGUAACUAAAUAAGCCUCUCUGAUGAGACAGUGAUAUCAUAACACAUACACGAAGAUAGUAAAGUAUGUUAUUCUUUACAUUUUUACUUUUAUAACACUUUUACUUUUUUCACCUUUAACUGAAAGAUUUUGUAUAUGGAUUUUUUUUUUUUUUUUUUUUUUUGGUGCCGGGGAUCAAACUUAUAACCUCAGGCUUGUCUGGCAGGUGCUGUGCAGCUAAGCCAAAUCCCCAGCCCCUACUGAAAACAACUGAAAAGCUGGUAUCCACAUAGCACUUUCCUAUCUAUUUUUGCACACUUGAAAAUUGUUUACUUAUUUUAUGUCUCUACAUUGCCUUUAAAUUUUAUUGACACUGUAUUAAAGUCAUAUUCUGACGUGUCACAUUUAUGCCUUGAAAAAUAUCUCCUUUCUUGUAGGUUUCAUUUAUUAAAUCUAUUGGGUUUAUAAUAUUAAAAUACAAUUAAUUAUUCAACUUGAACUUUUUAAAUUAACUUCUUUACAAAUCAAAAGUUACUUUCAAUAUUAACUAGUGUUCUGUAUUUAGCUGUACAAUAUAGUUAAACAGUGUAUUUAUCGACGUCAAUUACAUUUUCUGUUUGUAAAAAUGGUAGUAGCUUUUGUGGAAUGGAAUCAGAGAACAGUAUAACAGUUAGGUCUCUUUUAAUUCAUAAAAUUAUCCAACAGCCAAUCCAUUCACAAGCUUGUCAUUGUUAUAUACUGCUGGUUUAUAAAUCUGGCAUUAACUAGAAUCAUUUGAAUCUUUUUCUGGCUGAGAUGAUUCCCUGAAUAUGAGUGCCAAUGCAAAUACAGACAUCAUUAAUCCUACGUAUCAGAAACUAUUAGAAAUAUCAUUUAUUAAUCCAAGAAAUUUGAAAAUCUUGAACUGUAAAGCUAUCUCACAUUUUUGAUAGAUAAGCCCAAAUAAAACCUUGUUCCCCUUUUUUCUCUCAGAGUUUAAUUCUAUGAGUAUCUCCAUCUACUUUAACUUAACUAACUAGCUUUUUCAUUUCUAGAAGGACUCUCUAGUUUUAUUCUAAACUCUUAUGAAUUCUAAUUAUAAAUGUUUGGAAGCAAAUUUUAUUUAUAUUGCCUGGUACUGGACUUCCAUAGAAAUGCUACAUCAUGGGAGCUUUUGCUACAGACUUUUAGAGGCAGUGUUAUUUUGAAUUGCCUGGUCAGGUCAUGUAAGUCAUUUUGUAUCAAAAACAGUGUCUGUUUAAAAAACAACAACAACAACAACAACAACCAAAAAACAGUGUCUUUGGCUGCCAACUGGCAUCAUUUUACCUUUUUCAGUUCUAAUUACUGUUAGCAUUAAACCUAUCCUUUGCAGCUAGGAAUGUAACUCAGUGGCAGAACAUGUGCUUAGCAUAAAUAAGGCCCUGGGUUCAGUCCCCAAGACACACACACUAAGAACUGUUUAUCUCUUAGAAAUAAGAUGCUUCGUUACCAACCGCCUCGCUCGCAAAGAAGCAGUGCAUAUCAUGUAACAUGCUCCUUUUAAAUCUUUCUGAUAUAUUUCUGCUAUUGACGUCCUUAUGUAAUUGAUACCAUCGUGUUCUCUCAUAUUGUCUCUUGUUUUACAUUUCUUAAAUUUCGGUAUUGUUUUCUUACUGUGUUUUAGCAUAGCCUUUGAACUUUAUGUAAUAAGUUUAUACUUUUGUAUUUCUUUUAAGGUGGAAUAGGUCUUUUUAUGUUUCUCUGCAUUUAGGUCUACUGAUUUUAAAAGAUGUACAUUUGCCAUAGACCAGAGUGCCUUGCUUUUCCCCACCACCACUUAGUGGCAGGGCCUUAGAUGUACAAGGCCACUUGACUUAGAGCACUAUUUUGCUAGCUGUUGGAAAUUACCCAGGAAUUGUAGCUGGUAUUUUUUUUAAACUGUGUAUUUAUUCAACUUGUUCAUGAGUACUUAACUAUUUCCCUUAGAAGUAAUAAUUGACCUAUUCUUAUUCUAGUGUACUGUAUUCAUUUUCUGCAGUAUAAAAAAGCAUUAGCUAUAAGUCCAUUGCUAAGUAAUUAAUUAUGCUAACCACCUAUAUCCUACAUAAGAUCCUUAUAUACACCUCAUUGUAUAUAUGUGUAUUUGGCUAAGAAAUGAUACUGCCACCAUUACUGACUAUAAAUACUUGACUAUAUUGGUUGAUGGAACAAAAUUAUUAAAAUGUUUUCAGGGAUUGUUUUCCAUGUGUCACCACCAAAGAGUUCUACAGUGUUAAAGUAUGUAAAUUUCUGUAAAACAUUGGUUAGAUAAAUUUGUUUUCUUUCUUUCUUAAAAUAACAUGUAGUUUGUUCUUUUGGAAAGUGCUUGAAUUUUAUGUUAUUAAAAUAUAUACUAUCUUAUAUUAAAUAUAAGUAAUUUGUGCUUUAUAAUUGGAAUGGGCUAAAUUCUGUCAGGAAAAAGGAGUUAAUAUAUAUCUAAAAGCAAUUUGCUAUGCUUUCUCCUGUGUAGGUUGAUUUAUUUGUGAGAAAAGUAAUUUUUGAGAUCAUUUCUAUUGUAAUAUGCAGUAUGUAUUUCUUAGUAAAUAUCAUUUAACAUUAAAGUUUUCUGAAAGGAAAAUAGAGCUUUUGUUCCUCUGUUUUUAAUGUUUAGCCUUUUAGUGGUAUUCUGAAGAUUUAAUGUGUAUUAGCCCUAUUUAAACAUUGACCAAUAGCUUAACAUUUUCUCUUCUAACAGCUUUUUUAUCUAUGUACUUUAAUAGGUAAGAGAAGAUAAUUUUACAAAAUUUUACUCUCUUUGUAAAAGCUAUCUUUUAGCCCAGUAUAUGGGUUAAUUUUAAAAGUGUAUUUUUUUGAAAAUAAAAUAAACUCAUUUAUUAGUGACAA